GCAUCAGUUUGCGUAAUACCCUCUACGCUAAAGAGCUCUUCGUUUCACUUCCAUAGAAAAGUAGGAAAGCAGGUUUAGGAGCAUACGUGGAGGAACUGCCUAUAUAUUUAUCAUCGCGGUGUACGUUUAGGGGACAUUCGAAUGAUAAAUGAUUUGUUCUUAGUCUUUUAUGAGUGAAAGAGUGACAUAUUUUUAGUUUAUUGUUUGCGCGUUUUAGUUUUUUUUCUACGUAACAUCACAGCACCAGAGAAUUAUGAGGAAUGUUUGGAUGCUGCUGUUUGUCGCGGUAGCGACGAGUUUUAUGAGUGAAAAGACCUUCGUCUCGGCCCGGUCCCCCCCCUCCUCGGCAGAUGACCUGUAUCUGGAGGACCAGCAGUCAGGUGACUUCCCCUUGGACGAUGACGACUUCAACUCUGGUUCAGGCUCCGGAGACAUCAGUGUUGAUGAGGUCGUGGAUGCUGUCAUCUCGAGUAGGAACUUUGCCCCCAAGGAGGAGCCUACGCAGAACACGCCCACAAAGACCACACCCCUUCUACCCACCUACCCAGUGGAGACGUUGAGUCGCGAGGAAGAUGUCAAGCUCGCCGUUACAGAGGUACCAGUAGAUGAACCAGAAGAUUGGAUCAGCACCAGUACCAGUACCAGUACCACUUUCAGCAGCAGUGAGGCUCCCAGCACCAUUUCUAAUAGCAGAGAGGUGCUUGACAAGGACUCUUUGAGCAAAGAGGUCCACUCUGAGAACCUGUUCCAGAGGACAGAGGUGCUAGCAGCGGUGAUCGCAGGCGGGGUGAUCGGCUUCCUGUUCGCCAUCUUCCUCAUCCUCCUCCUGGUCUACCGCAUGAGGAAGAAGGAUGAGGGCAGCUAUGACCUCGGCGACCGCAAGCCUCCCCCCUCCGCCUACCAGAAGGCCCCCACCAAGGAGUUCUAUGCCUGAACUACGAGUCCCUGAACCGCCCUCAGAGGCAGCGUCUCAAUAGUGUAGAGUGGCUUCCUUACCUUGCCUCCUUCCCCAUAGCUGUACUUGUGUGUUGGAAUAAGGGGCUUUUUUAUAUGAGUGUAGGUGAUGGAUGGGAAUCAAAGAGAGGGAGCCGCUUUAAAGUAUUGGGAUGCAUCCAUAGACUUUUCUAAAACAGCAGAGAAUUUCGGGCUCUUACAGUGCUGUUGGUUGAUACCACAUGGUACUGAAGGAGGAAUUUUUUGAACAACAAAUAUAUACCUUUUAUGAGGCCAAGUUGGUUCUAAUUUUAUUGCAAUUUGAGUUGUGUUACAUUUCAUGUUUAUUUUGGAGAUGUUUUGUUGAGAACUUCACAUAGGAAAGUGAAACUGAUUUUCUAUGUUGUUGGUGUCUUGGUCUUUGACUUUUUCGUUACUUUAUAGAUACAUGUGUAGCCCGUCUCUUUUUGACAAACAAUGAAAUUAAAGAAAUAGGCUAGAAAAAUGUCUGAUUAUAAUUAAAUAAUGAUUGUCAGAGCACGUUAGCUUGCAUUUCCAUAUUAUGAUGUUUAUAGUUCCAUAAAGCCAGUAGCCGUCUUAUUUUUACUUGAUUAAUAUAGUUUUUGUCAUGUAGCAUAACCAUGAUCUCAUGUUCCUAGAACAGACAAAAAAAGUGAUGUUCCUUUUUAGGAAAGGUCUUUUGAUGAAGGUCCAGCGCAUGAACUAACUUGACUCUCGGUUCCCAUUUUUAGCACAGAUAUGCUCCAGUGUGUCAUAUCUGCUAGGAUUUUGUAGAUGUCAACAACAUUGCAACCAGCUGAAGCAGUGCCCGCCCUUGGUGCCCAGGCAUGUCCAGUCCUCCAAUCUGUGAAGGGUACGAUCAAGGGUACAAAGGAGGGAGGAUUUUUGUUAAUGAUAUCCAUGAUGUCUCCUUCUGUCUAGUGUAGUCUGGUAUGUUAAGCACCGUCUCUCUGUCUUAUGUACUAUAAUUUAUGUGCAUUAAUUUAUACAUAUUAGGAGUAUUUCAUUUGAAAAUCUUACCAUGUAUGGUCACAAAAUAUAUUUUAAGCCUUUGAAGUGCCUACCAUUCUUUCAUUUCUUUUUUUUGUUAUGGACCAAGGAAGUGUUUUUAAGUGAACAUAAGCACAGUUUAAUAUGGCAAUGUUGUGUUACAGAAUCAAUCAGUAUUGUGAUGGCAAAUAUUGAAUAAACAAAGUGGCUUGAUA